ACCACCCCGGGCCGCGGUGUUUGAGCCGCGGGACUGAUUUAUAACAUUGCCCGGGGGGUAUCGCCUCAGCGCAGAGGGAGAAGAGGAGGGAAGAGACUGCAGACCUAAGGCUUUUGCCUCCAUCACAGUGAGGAGAUGUUGGGUGGACUCACUGUGGUGGAUGUUAAUAUGUGUUUAUUGUUGUUUUUAUUGUAUUAUAUGUAUGACUGCUGCAAUUUCGUUCAGAGUUCGGUCUGAAUGACAAUAAAGGCUAUCUAUCUACCUAUGGUCUAUUGGCAGGGGUAGAGGAAAGUGGGAGAGUAGACUAGUGCAGUGUAGUGUAGAGUAGAGCAGGAGAGAGUAAGGCAGGGUAAAAUAAACUAGAAUGGGAGAGUAGAGCAGGGUAGAGUAGUGUAAGACAGGCUGGAGUAGACUAGGGCAGGGGAGUGUAGACUGGGAUAGCAGAGUAGGGCACAAUAGGUCGGGUACAAUAUAGCAGAAGAGAAUAGAAUGCAGAAACGGGUAGCUGCAGACAGAUGCUGCCUUUGCAAUAACAGUGCUGGAGUAAGAGAGCGGGUCAGGCAGCAUCUCUGGACGGUGAACGUGGCCAGCAUCAGCAGCAUUCAGCAGCAGCAGCAGCAGCAACGAGCGCGUUGCCCUUUUAAGCGGGUGGGUGGUGGUCCCGGCAGCGAGCCGCAUGCGCGCUGCCCACUGCGGGCUGCUGUGUCCGCGGCUGCCUGGAGCUGCGGCAGCGCGGCCGCGGGAUCGGGAUCAGCUUCCCCCGCCCGCCUGCCUGCCUGCCAGCCCCGGCACCGUGGGAGCCCAGCACAGCACAGCAUCAGCAACAGGAGCCGCGCACUGCAUCCAUUCACCCUGCAGUGCACACUAACCAGCAAAAGCAGCAACAGCAGGGAAUUGAUGCCAAUUUGAAUGAAAGAUGCCUCUCAUUAAGAGGAUCAUUGAACCAAGGCAUCUGUGUCGUGGGGCCUUGCCAGAAGGUGUCACCAGUGAGUUGGAAUGUGUGACAAACAGCACAUUGGCUGCCAUUAUAAAGCAGCUUGGCAGUCUCAGUAAACAUGCAGAAGAUAUAUUCGGAGAGCUUUUCAAUGAAGCUAACAAUUUCUGCCUGCGAGUUAAUUGCCUCCAGGAGAGAAUUGAUUGCCUGGCAAUUAAAGUCACCCAACUGGACUCUACCGUGGAAGAAGUUUCCCUACAGGAUAUCAACAUGAGGAAAGCAUUUAAAAGUUCGACCACACAGAACCAGCAGGUGGUCUCGCGGACAACCAUCCCUAACCCAGUGUUGGAAAUGUUUGAGAAAUGCGACAAGCCCCCGCCUCUCAACAUUCUGACGCCUUACAGGGAUGACAGGAAAGACGGGCUGAAGUUUUACACCGACUCCUCCUACUUCUUCAAUUUGUGGAAAGAGAAGAUGCUGCAGGCCACGGAGGAUAAAAGGAAGGAAAAACGAAGGCAAAAGGAGCAGAAGCUGGUGGAAGAUGCCACUCGCGAGGUGAAGAAAAUCCGCAAAGCGAGGACCAGGCGGCCAGAAUGGGAUGUGAUGGGGCGCGAUAAAGAAUUCCGAGCUGAUCACAGGUUUUCCCCGUCCCCAUACCACGCUGCGUCGUCCGAAGGAUCCGUCUCGCCAGAUACCAGGUCCUUCGUAUCUGAUAUGGGAGAGCUUUCGUAUCCUGCGAGCCCGAACCAUCCUGUUCAGCAGUCGACAGUUUAUGUGCCUGAUCACAAAGAGCUUCUGACGGCUGUAACUCAGGCACAGGAUCGAGUGUACAAAUUACCUCCCGCUAACGUCAGGCAAACGUCACUAACUCGAGCUCAGCAACCUCACCUGACAAAGCCUGCCGAGGCUGUGCUCAAUGGCCCCAGACCUCACCUUCUCAAAGAGUACAGUGCGCAGUCGGUGCAGUUGGCGGAGUACUACACACCACCCAUCCCUGCUCCUCCGCCCCCACCCCCUCCCCUUAUCCCUUCAGCCCAAACUGCGUUUGACAGCCCCAUCUCCGCACCUCCCCCACUUGCGCUCAGUGCCGUGGCAGCAGCGGGCCGCACGUACGUACACCCCCUCACCCCCCCCCCGCCCGCCCCUCCCUUGUCUUACACCCCCACACCCCCUGGGCCUCCUGCCGCGCCCCCACCUCCCCCCCCUGGCCCUCCCAUCUUUGUCCCCUCCAGCCUGCACACUGCCUCACCGCCAUCAGCCAUGGAAAUAAAGAAGGCACAAGCGACUCUGAUGCCAAUCAGCGAUGCUCGAAGUGACCUGCUCGCUGCUAUUCGAAGAGGAAUUCAACUGCGGAAAGUACAAGAACAGCGAGAGCAAGAAGCCAAGAAGGAGCCGGUUGGCAACGACGUGGCCACCAUCUUGUCUCGUAGAAUCGCGGUGGAGUACAGCGAAUCUGACGAUGACUCUGAACUGGACGAGAACGAGUGGUCUGAUUAGCAAGGUUACACGGGGUAUAACUGCGUUACGGUGCUCGGCGUGGCCCGGCCUUGGUGGCUUUCUGUUGGGUUUUUUCAGGAGUGUGGUGCGCGUACAUUUACAGAUCGUCAGCAAAUGUAUCGUCUGCAACCGCGUCCAAGUAAAGCACACACGCACACGCACGCACGCACGCACGCACGCACGCACACGCACACACGCACAC